AUGGGAAAACGAGUCUCCAACACAGGAGACGGCGCCGCCGCCUUCAGGAAGCGCCAGAAGAUCACCCACGAGACGCCCACCAGCGAGGAAGUGACGUCGAGCGAUCAAUUGCGCAAGCUCCUGGCCUUUGACCAGGAUUUGCGCCGCGCCAGACAUGGCCUUCAAUCUUUCAAGAACCUCCUCGACAAGUUGGUCGCCGAAGAUGACGAUCGAAGGGAAAACCUCGAAAUCCUACACCAGUACCUCGACGCCGUGAAACCGAGGGACGCUUCUGAAGAUGCUACGCUCCUCCAAGAGCGACAACUCAAGUCGAUUGCAAAGAACCUAUCUGUGGAGAAGAGCAAGGGAUUCAUUCUCUCACCUACUCUUCGUCUGCUUCGAGAGGCUACUUGCUUGGAUGGCGGCGCCUACGCGAAGCGUAUCUUCCGAGCGCGCAACUCCACCUUUACCUCCCUGGGGAGAAAUCUCGAGAUCGGACACCUUGGAGACGCCCAGGAGGAUGUACGCAAGGCAUCCGUGAGGACCAACGCGGUCAAGUUCUUCUUGAGCCUCCUCAAGUUCUUGAGCUCCGAUGGGAGAAAGGAACUUUUGACGCAAAAGGAGCUUCUGUCGCAUUUAACAUACAUGAUAAAGACCGACCCUCCUUAUCUCGUCCGGGAUAUCCUGGACUCAUUGAAAUCUCAUGUUUUGAUGGAUGACAAGAUUCCCCGAGAUAUCAAGUUCAGAAGCUUCAACACCAAGACACUAAUGCGGAUCCUGGGCCUCUACACGUACGCCGACAGUGAAGAUGUCGAGGAGCAGUCGACAGUGAGCUACAAGGCUCACCAGUUCCUCAUCUACGCUUGCACCAACUCAAGUGCCGGUGUCUUGUACCCAUCAACAGGCCUAUAUCCCAAGGAAUCAGACGAUGAUAUUGUACCAAGUGGACGAAAGGCCGGCGCUCAUGGAGCACUCGUGACUGACAGAUACAAGGAUGAUAUCCCCGUGUAUAACUUUGUCCUCGCCGAGUUUGCCCAGAAGCUCCGUCCUUGGUCAAGCCUCAAGCAUAACGAACUUCUAGUAGCCAUCUUUACCGCUGCUCCUGAACUCACCGCCAAGUACUUCCUCAGCAACCAAUCCUUCACCUUUGAACCGAAGCUUUCCAUGACAUGGAUCGGUUAUGCCGCAUUCCUUUUCAACACCAUGCAGAUCCCUCUCCCUCCUCGCUUUGGAGAUCGCACUCGAUCUUCCAAGGCUCCUCCUCCCACCUCCAUCCUGCUCGGCAACAUCAUUCCUCUUCCCAUUAAUCAAAAGGUCCUCAUCCGAUGCCUCUCUCCCAAGUCUCACCUCACAUCCUUCUUUGCAACCCGGAUCCUCAUCGCGGCACUCGAGAAACUUGCUGAAGCCCUGAAAAUGCAUGAGGAUGCAUCUAAAUCCAAGGACACUGCCUGGAGUGAAGCUAGCCGUCGGCUGAUUGAUGCCUUCUGUCAACGGAUCCCCGAUAUGAAGGAGGUGGUUCGGGCUUACAAGGGAAUACCUGCGGACAACAUCCUUCACAAGACCAUGGCCAGUCGUUUGCUACGACUGUACUAUGAGGUGAUUCCGCAAGUCGCACUCGCUGCCAACUUUGAUGUGUCACCUUUCUUCACCGAAGUUCUCAAGACACUUAAUGAAGGAAGCGAGCAGACUGAGGAUGUGUCUCUUGGUGUCAUGGAACUCGAGAAUCUGGUAUCUAUCGCCAGCUAUUCCCCUGGCAUGCGAUGGUUCUCAAAAAUCGACAAGCUCGUCGAUGGAGCAGCUUCCUCGCCGUACACGGCUCUCCUGCGGCUGCUGUGUGACAAGAAGCGAGAUCUUCCCUUUCACCAGCUCAAGAAGGUUCUUGGCGAGGUGGCUGUUGAAAAUCAACUAGUCACAAAGGCAACCAUGAUGACACCUCUAUACGAAGCGUUGCAGACAACAUUGGCUGAGGUCAAGCCCAAGGACAUGGAGAAGGUCUGGUCAUUUGUUGACAACUGCAUCAACCGAUGUGCCUCCUCACCUAUCAAGUAUCUCGACUUGUUGGAGACAUACUCUCAGGAAGGAAACUUAUCUUCGUCCCACGGUGCCACUGCCUUGGUCAAUGUGACCAUGGUCGAGCAGCUGUCGUACGCCACAAGCUCUGCCGAUAGCACCGAGCAGGCUUCUCUUGGCAAGUUUCUGUCGUCCUACUUUACCGCUUCAUAUCGGUUGAAACACGGCAAGCAGCUCACCAAGGCCUUGUACAAGCGGAUAUGCGAUCAGUUUUCGUCAAGCAAGGUCAAGAUGAAGAAGCUCAAGGACGACAAGUCUGCAAAUGUGGAUGCUGACGAGGAGAUGCCUGACGCCGAGGCGGAGACUGGCAAAGAUGAAAAGACUAAAUCAUCCGUGGACCUUUCAAGGCUUGAGGAGAUGCUCCAUGUGCCGUUCUCUGAAGAUGAGGAUGCCACUGCCCUGACCAAAUGGGCUGGCAAGAACGCAGAGGACCUCGUUGAAGAUGGCUGGGCAGCAAGCCUGAUACGUCUCCUAUCCUCUUCCCACAUCAACAUCCGCAAGGAAGCUCUCACAAACAUCCUCAAGAUGGCUGCCAAGCUCAAGGAAUCCUCGUAUGAGGAGAAGGACCAGAUCUGGCUCCUCCUCUCUGAGCUCGCCGAAUCCUCAAGAGAGCAGGUAGACAAGGGCCCCGUCCCAUCGGCCUUUACAGCCUUUGCCACGCACGCCCUCGAGAUUCUCAAGAACCCUCUUCAUCCGCUAUACCCCAAGGUCAAUGGUUUUCUCACUCGAAGCCCCUUCUGGGCCCCGGACAAGCUACCCCUCGCCCACGAUGUGCUCCACGGCGAACCGUCAGAGGACGACAAGUACUACACCGAGAUCACUUGGCUGCUCAUCUACCUGCUCGACAGCCUCCGCACGCCCUUUGAUCUCAGCAUCUUCCACCGCAAGCGCUGGUUCGAAAAGAUUCUCGCCCUCGGCGCAAACCCGUAUCUGCGUGUUAACCUGCGCACCCGUCUCCUGAGGACAAUUUACCGGGCGUCAUGCAUCGAGGGCGGCAGCACCACGCUCGUCACCCGCUUCGGCAUUCUAGGUUGGCUAGAUGCGCAGCGAGCAGCCUCCGAGGGCGGCGAAGAGGUUGAUGUGUUGACGGCCCUCACGAGGAGGAUAUGGGAAACGUGUGACCAGGAAAAGGUGAAAGCUUGGAGCAAGGGUGGAGUUGAAAAGUUGCUCAAGGGACAUGUGUUGUAG